AUGAUCAUUCUUAUCGGGUUUCUUGUGAUCAUUGGGCUUUUAUUGUGGAAAUGGCUCGACAUUCGAUCGAUUGAUGAAAUCCAGAAUAUUGGACAAUUGAUGACGAGCGGAAAUGGACAACACGUGAUGUCGAAUUUGUUUCAGGUUGAUGAAAAAUCGAAGCGGCAUGGUGGCGAACUCGUGGCAGCUGCUUUGAAGGCGCAUGAUGUCAAGGAGAUUUUUGUGCUCUGCGGUGGUCAUAUUUCGCCAAUUCUCGUCGCCGCUCAGAAUCUUGGAAUUCGCAUCAUCGACACUAGGCAUGAAGUGACUGCCGUGUUCGCCGCCGACGCUGUUGCUCGCCUACGCCAGUCGAUUGGUGUGGCGGCGGUGACCGCCGGUCCGGGACUCACCAACACAAUCACCGCCGUCAAGAACGCGCAAAUGGCCGAGAGUCCGCUGUUGCUCAUCGGCGGCGCCGCGCCGACGUUGUUGAAAGGACGCGGCGCGCUUCAGGACAUUGAUCAGAUGGUGCUGUUUCGACCGUUGUGCAAAUUUGUCGCGCGCGUCGAGCGCCUCCGCGACAUCAUCCCGACGAUUCGAGAGGCGAUCAAAGCGGCGAUGUCGGGAUGCCCGGGUCCGGUGUUCGUCGAGUUUCCCGUCGAUGUCCUCUAUCCAUACGAUCUUGUCGUGAAAGAGAUCGGAUUCAAUCCGAACGCGAGAGGAUUCAUUCAGACAGCGCUCAACUACUACCUUCGUUGUCAUGUGUCUCGCCAAUUCAGCGCCGCGUGGCGAUCGCAAGAUCCGACGCCGUUGCCGACGAGUAUCCCGUGGCCCAAGAAUGAGGACGUCGAAAAAAUGGUGCGCCUUGUGAAGAACGCCAAAAAGCCGGUGUUGCUCAUCGGAAGUCAGGCGGUUCUUGCGCCAGUGAAGCCCGACGAUCUCGUGAAAGCCGUUGAAGCGCUGGGAUGUCCGGUGUUCCUUGGAGGAAUGGCGCGUGGUCUUCUUGGCAAGAAUCACAAAUUGCAAAUGAGACAUGUUAGGCGAGACGCGCUCAAAGAAGCCGAUCUCACGAUUCUUGCAGGAACUGUUUGCGAUUUCCGAUUGUCCUAUGGUCGAACGCUGUCCAAAAAAUCAAAAAUUAUCGCUAUCAAUAGAAGUCGCGCGCAAUUGACAAAGAACGAGAAAGCUUUCUGGAACGCAGACGUUUCGGUUCAGUCGGAUGUUGCAUCAGCUCUAGUGCAGUGUGCUUCGAGACUUGGGGGCGAUUAUCAGACGCCAUCGGAAUGGGUCGAUGCGUUGCGAGAGAAGGACAAUGAGAAGGAAGCGGGAAAUGAGAAGAAGAUGAUGGCGAAAACGGCGAACGGAUUCAUCAAUUCGUUGAAUUUCCUGAAGACGUUUGACAAAUUGCUUCCCGACGACGCGAUUCUUGUGGCCGACGGCGGCGAUUUUGUCGGAUCGGCGGCGUACAUUGUGAGACCGCGCGGGCCGUUGCAAUGGUUGGAUCCGGGCGCGUUUGGAACGUUGGGUGUUGGCGGUGGAUUUGCGCUUGGCGCAAAGGUUGUUCAUCCGGAUCGUCCGGUGUACAUAAUUUGGGGCGACGGCUCGUGCGGCUACUCGUUGAUGGAGUUCGACACGUUUGCUCGUCACAAUUUGCCGGUGAUCGGCAUCGUUGGAAACGACGCGUGCUGGACGCAAAUCGCCCGCGAGCAGGUGCCAAUGUUCCAGAGUUCGGUCGCCGUCGAUCUUGCGCGGACGCGCUACGAGAAUGUGGCGAAAGCGCUUGGCGGCUAUGGUGUUCACAUUGACGAGACGAAUGUGGAUGAGACGGAAAGCAUUCUAGGCGAUGCUCUUGAGAGCUCCAAAUCGAGCAGCGCUUUGGUCAAUGUGUUUAUUGGUAAAACGGAUUUCAGAGAUGGCUCGAUUUCGGUUUAA